AUGGAUUGCUUCCUCUGUUCACCCUUUGUUUUCGUUUGUCUAAUAUUCGUUGGGUACGUGGUUAAGAUUUUGCUGAACCGGAAAUGUCCAUCCCCGCCCGGUCCGAGAGGGUAUCCGAUAUUCGGAAACAUGGCGUUGAUGAACCAAUUGAGCCACCGUGGGUUGGCCGAUCUGUCCAAGAAAUACGGCGGCCUCUUGCAUCUCCAGAUGGGGCGGAUUCAUAUCGUGGCCGUCUCCACCGCCGAUAUGGCCCGCGAAAUCCUCCAGGUCCAAGACGUGGUAUUUGCGAACCGGCCGGCUAAUGUGGCAAUAACCUACCUAACGUACGACCGAGCCGAUAUGGCCUUUGCGAACUACGGCCCACUAUGGCGUCAAAUGCGGAAGAUUUGCGUAAUGAAGCUCUUCAGCAGAAAACGAGCCGAGUCAUGGGCAUCGGUACGUGAAGAAAUCGGUUCUAUGAUUCAAUCCAUAACCGAACAAGCCGGUUCACCGGUCAACGUAGGAGAGUUGGUAUUCGCAUUGACCCGGAACAUAACGUACCGGGCGGCAUUUGGGUCAUUCGCACGUGACGGCCAAGACGAGUUCAUGAAAAUACUGCAAGAGUUCUCCAAGCUCUUCGGAGCCUUCGAUAUGGCGGAGUUCCUGCCGUGGUUGGGGUGGUUAUAUCCCCGCGAUUUCGUGAAGAGACUGGAAAAGGCGAGAGGAUCGUUGGAUAGUUUCAUAGAUAAUAUCAUCGAUGAACAUAUGGAGAAGAAGAGGACGAGAGAUAUCAACGAUGAUGAUGGCAACGAUGAUAUGGUGGAUGAACUCAUGGCAUUUUACAGCGAAGAACACGAGCAAAAGGGUGUCAAACAUGACGAUUCCCAGUCCCUUCUCAGACUCACAAGAGAUAACAUCAAAGCCCUCGUCAUGGAUGUGAUGUUUGGUGGAACUGAAACGGUGGCAUCAGCAAUCGAAUGGGCAAUGGCGGAGCUAAUGAAGAGUCCAAAAGAACUGAAAAGAGUGCAACAAGAGCUCACUGACGUCAUCGGCUUGAAUCGACCGUUCAAUGAAUCUGAUCUUGAAAACCUCCCCUAUUUCAGGUGUGCGAUGAAGGAGACGUUAAGAAUGCAUCCACCGAUCCCUCUCCUCCUCCACGAGACAUCAGCGGACACGGUCGUGUCCGGGUACGGGAUUCCAAAGGACUCGAGGGUCAUGAUCAAUGUGUGGGCCAUAGGGCGUGACGGGUCGGUUUGGCCUGACCCGGAUGAGUUCAGACCGGGUCGGUUCCUCGACAGCAACUCCCCUGACUUCAAAGGCAGCGACUUCCAGUUUCUUCCGUUCGGGUCGGGUCGCAGGUCGUGCCCGGGUAUGCAACUGGGUCUUUACGCUCUCGAGCUGGCCGUCGCACACAUGCUUCACUCCUUCGACUGGGAACUCCCCGACGGAGUUAGCUCCGGCGACUUGGACAUGACCGACAUGUUCGGUCUCACCGCUCCUAAGGCUGUCCGACUCGUCGCCGUCCCGAGUUACCGGCUCACUUGCCCGCCAAACCAGAUUUAGAUGUCCAGACUGGUGAUAUCGGAUUA